AUGAAAGCCGUCACGCUUAGCGCGGUGCUCAUAGCAUCGGCCGCGGGCUCUGCUCUUCCGCAGGGCCCGCAGCAACAGCAGGUCGUCUUUGGCAAGCCGGAAAAGGGCGUCGGACACUUCAGCGAGUGGAGCCGUGCCACCAAAAGGGAAUUUCUCAUCGACUGGCAGGCGGGCAAGGAGUCAGAAUGGAUCAUCGUGCAGGGCAACGAGGGCGGUGAUUUGGACAGCAUGGCUGCGGCUCUCACAUGGGCCUACCAUCUGGAGCACAAGACGCUCAACGACUCGGACCCGCUCAAGGCAAUAGCGCUCUUGCAGACACCGAGCCACGCGCUGGACCUGAGGCCUGAGAACAAGGUGGCGCUGGACAACUCUCAAAUGACCAAGGGCCACCAAGACUUGCUUACGUUGGAUGAGCUCCCCGAGGACCCUGAGACGCUUGGCCCAAAGCUGCGUGGCCUGGUCUUGGUAGACCACGCUGAACCGCUGAGGAAAUGGAGGGGGGCUCCCAUUCAAAGCAUUUUUGACCACCACGUUGACCGCGGUGUCGCGCCUGACGCCAAGCCGCGUAUUUUCGAGAAGGUGGCAAGCUGCACGACGCUGGUCGCGAGGCAGAUGCUUGAUGAGCUCGAGGCGCUGCCCGAGGAGUACCACAUGCCGCACGAGCUGCUGGAGCUGAUCCUGAGCGCGAUAGCCAUUGACUCUGGCGGCCUGACGAGCGAUAUUACAACCGAAGAUGACGUGAAGGUGUCAGAACGCAUCCUCAAGCGCAGCAACUGGGCGCGCAGGGACCUGGACGACGUUAUGGAGGACCUCGCCGACGAGCUCAAGGACGCCAAGAAGGACCUGGAUCAUCUCGAGCUCCGCGACCUGCUGCGCCGCGACUGGAAGGGUGAUCUGAUUGACACCCCGUCACCACGUACGCCUACCGUGAGCCUGGGUUUUGCUGUUGUCCCAUACUCGAUGGACAACCAGAUCACCAAGACCGAUUUUGAAGAAUUGUUUGACUGGUUCGCUGUCCAUGCUGCCUGGACUGCAGAAGUCGGGGUUGACAUCAGUGUGGUGCUGAACAAGUACAAGGUCAAGGAGCAUGGAAAGAAGAAGAAGAUCAGAGAAGUCGUGCUCGUGGUCCGUGACGAUGUUCGUAUCAAUCAGACACAGGCCGACUCGCUGUUCCGUGUGGCGAAAACAGCGCUGGAGAAUGACAAGGGUCUGGGGUUGAAGCCAUGGUACAGGGCAGACGAGCUGGCACCAAGACAGAUGGUGUGGACACAUGAGUCAGGCGCUGGAAGGAAGAUCAUCAGGCCUAUUGUUGAGGACGCCGUCACGGGCUGGGAUGAGGUGUAG